GUGGAUGAAUAUCAUGGAACUCAGGUCUGUGAUCCGUACGCCUGGCUGGAGGACCCGGACAGUGCAGAAACCAUGGCGUUUGUGGAGGAGCAGAACAAAGUGACCAUGCCGUAUCUGGAGAACUGUGCAGUCCGGUCCCGGUUCCAGCAGCGCCUCACCGAGCUCUACGACUAUCCCAAAUACAGCUGCCCGUACAAACGGGCCACCAGGUACUUCUACUUUCACAACAAAGGCCUUCAGAACCAGAGCGUUCUGUAUGUGCAGGACUCCCUGGAGGCUCCUGCCACCGUCUUCUUUGACCCAAACGCUCUGUCUGAGGACGGUACCGUGGCUCUGAAGAUGGGUCGACUGUCAGAGGAGUGUGAAUUCUUUGCAUACGGGCUGAGCAGCAGCGGUUCUGACUGGGUCACGGUUCGGUUCAUGAAAGCUGAUGACCUCAGUCCACUGCCCGAUGUCCUGGAAAGAGUUAAAUUCAGCUGCCUGGCCUGGACUCACGAUGCUAAGGGGGUCUUUUAUAACUGUUACCCCCGACAGGAGGGCAAGACUGAUGGCACAGAGACCACCUCCAACAUCAACCAGAAGCUCUACUACCAUGUGAUCGGAACCAAACAGUCCGAAGACGUCCUGGUCGCAGAGUUUCCGGACCAUCCCAAGUGGCACAGUUCUGUAACCGUAUCAGAUGAUGGCAGAUAUGCAAUUCUGUCCAUCACCGAGGGCUGUGAGCCUGUAAACCAGCUGUGGUACUGUGACCUGCAGCAGCUUCCACACGGAAUCAAAGGUCUGCUGCCCUGGGUCAAACUGGUGGAGAACUUUGAAGCUCAGUACUCGUACAUCACCAACGAAGGGAGCGUGUUCACGUUCCGCUCCAACCUGAACGCCCCUCGGUACUGUCUGAUCAACAUCGACGUUCAGAAACCCGACAGACAGAACUGGACCACCCUGAUCCCGCAGCACCACCAGGACGUCCUGGGUAUUAUUUAUCACUGUGACCUGAGCAAGCCGAACACAGAGCCUGAGGUCUUCAGGGAGGUGGAGGUGAAAGGCAUGAAGCAGGAGGACUUUGAGACCAGCCAGGUUUUCUAUCCAAGUAAAGAUGGAACCAGGAUCCCCAUGUUCUUGGUUCAUGCUCGGGGCCUGAAGAAAGACGGCACUCAUCCAGUUUUCCUGUAUGGAUACGGAGGCUUCGAGAAUUCAAUUCAGCCCUACUACAAUGUUGCCUAUCUGCUGUUUGUGAGACAUCUGGGAGGAAUCCUGGCGGUGGCAAACAUCAGAGGAGGCGGAGAGUACGGCCUGACCUGGCACAAAGCUGGGACUUUAGGGAACAAACAGAACUGCUUUGAUGACUUCCAGAGUGCAGCAGAGUACCUGAUCCAGGAACAGUACACCACAGCCAGCUGCAUCACCAUCAACGGAAGCUCCAACGGAGGCCUKUUAGUCGCGUCCUGCAUGAUCCAGCGUCCGGACCUGUUUGGCUGUGUAGUUGCAGAGGUGGGAGUGAUGGACAUGUUGAAGUUCCACAAGUUCACAAUCGGUCACGCCUGGACCACCGACUAUGGCUGCUCUGAUGACCCCGAACAGUUCCAGUGGCUCAUCAAGUAUUCUCCUCUCCACAACCUACCUGCUCCUCCUUACUCCGGGCCUCCGUACCCAGCGGUUCUCCUGCUGACGGCAGAUCAUGAUGACCGGGUGGUGCCYCUGCACACACUGAAGUUCUGUGCCACCCUGCAGUUGGGUGUGGGCAGCAGCCCCCAGCAGCGGCAGCCUCUGAUGCUACGUGUGGACACCCGCAGUGGACAUGGAGCAGGAAAACCCACUGCCAAGGCCAUCCUGGAGGACACGCACAUCUUCUCCUUCAUCGCCGAGACUCUUGGACUCAGCUGGAAGGACUGAUCUGAUGGAAAAACUUAGUAAAGAGGAAACAUGUUCUCUGUUCAAACUAAGGUUGAAAAAACUUUAAAAUCCAGUGUACYUCCCUGAAAUACACACAAUCUGUUUGUAAUCCAGUUCAACUGAAGCCUUAAUAAUAAAUCAACUUGUGAGAUUUCAA